AUGUACUCAUAUUGCGAUGGACUUUACGAUCCGAAAAAGUCUAUAGAACAUUGCAAUUUGAAUGUGACUGGCUCGUCAAGGUCUAGAUUAUCGCUGGACAGUGGUAUUAGUUUGGGGAAUGAUUCGCUACUUUCGCAAACGGAUGAAUCGCUGGUGUUGAGUGAUUCCUCAAUAUUUUCUGCACCGGAAAAGAAAGAAGAGGAAUUACCAGCAACAUGGGCUCGAAUCACAACUCCUCCGAAUCGGAAGGUUGCCUUGAAAGGAAACACACCGGAUGCUACGUUAUCACCAGCAUCCGAGCGAGCGAAGUUCUCGGCCAAUCUUCAAACGCCGAAGUCGCUGCGAAACAUUUUUGGAAUUUCUUCGCCGUCAUCGAUCAAGAUCAAAGUGAGCAAAACGCCGCUGAAAUUGUCGAAUGAAGAGAAUGUGGCUGGUUAUCGAUUCACUGGACCUCAAGAUAUCACUGAAAUCAAUUCGAGACCUGUUCUUCGGUGUAUUGGAAUAACGAGCGGCUCCAAGCGAUGCCUAGUUCCACCGGUGGUUCAGUGUAUUGAUCCUUCCGUUCCAUCGACGUCUUGCGCUGCGACGAAUAUUCCAGAGACUCCAAGCAAACACUUGCGGACUGAAUUCAACGGUAUUUUCGAUGAAUUCGAUGCUCUUCCGAUUCUUUCACCAGCAAAAGAACUAUCAGUUUUCAGUGAUAAUGAUUGUUCUGACGCGCAAAUUGAAAUGGAUCGAUCAAUAUGCCGUGUUUUUGAUAGGAACGAGGACAACAUGGAGUAUUCGGAUAAAAAUGAUAAAGAACCGUUCUCGAACCUCUUAUUUCCAUUUGGAAUGGCUUAUAAUCCUAAUAUGAAGAAUAAGAAAACCGUAACAAUCAACGACGAAUGUGUUGCAAUCAUUACCGACGAACCAAUUAAGGCAAAUAAACCCGUACCACAAGUAAAAUUUGUAUCGAUGUAA